AUGGCUGCUGAAGCUGUUGUUUCUGUGAUGAUACAGAAACUCUCUGACUUCCUAGACGAAGAAUCAGAAAUUUUUGAAAAGGUUAAGGAUGAAGUAGAAAAGGUUAUGGAGGGGCUUAAAAGCAUUUUAAAUAGUGCACAAUACCAAGAGCAAAGUAGCACGAUGCUUAUGAGUCAGGUGCUUAGCCUUCUAGGUAUCGUCUAUCGUGUUGAGGACACCAUAGAAUCUUUCUGCUUCAUAGAAACCCGUUUGAAAAGGAUGAGUUUUGUCAAGAAGCAUUUUUCAGUCAUUGCAAAAGAGGUGAGGCUUUUCAGAAUUGUACUUCCAGAUACAAUGGAAUAUUCUCAGAACGUUCCCAGACUCAAAUCUAAGAUGGAACGAUUCAGCAAAGAAAUUCACGAAUGGGAAAUACGCUCAUCGGUUCUGGCACGGCUCCAGGGUUCUCAUGGGAUGCACCAGCACGAACAACAAACGCAAGAGCCUGAUGCUUAUCGUCCACCAAGAAUAGAAGACACCAUUUCCAAGAAAAAAGCGCUUGAGCUUCUGAAGCGGCAGAUAACCAGCAAUAUAGAACCACUUCAAAUAAUCUCGGUCUUUGGAGAGAUUGGCAUAGAUAAUGCACCUCAAGUCAAGACAAUCUACAAGAGCAGAGUGGUCACUAACAUGUUCCCAUGCCAUGCUUGGCUGGUCGUGGACACAAACUGGUCCUUUAGGCAUCUUAUUUUGGCUAUACUGAAAGAGGUGACCAGCAUGAAGGGCAUGGAGAAACUCAUAGAUGAGGUUCUGAUAGGGAGGCUUCAUGGGUUCUUGAAUGAUAAAAAGUACCUCAUAGUCAUCAAUGAUAUCAAAAGUCUUGAUCUCUUGAAAAAGUUAAGAGGGGCCUUACCGGAUGCACACAAUGGAAGUAGGGUGGUGAUCACCACUCCUGAUGAAAGAACCGCUUCAUUUGCAGAUGUAACAAGCCCUUUUUGCUACAAGCAUCUAGACAUGAAGGAAGCCAUGAAGACUUUCAUUGAAAAGGUAAAAGGUCUAGUGAAAGGAAGCCCAGUACCAGGCGAUAUUAUGGAGGACCAUUUGAAACGCAAAGUAGCAGAAAUCUGCAGAGGAAAUCCCCUGAGGUUUGCACUGCUUGUUGGCUUUCUAUCAACAAGAAAGGUGAAGUAUAAAGAUUGGUUGCGUGUUUUUAAACAAAACGUUCUACCUACCAAAUUCCCAACGUUUGAUCUUUUAGCCUUCUGUUACAAUGAUCUACCAGUCCACUUGAAGCCUUGCUUUCUCUAUUUAGGGCUUUUUGAAAAAGGAUUUGAAAUACCUGUGAGAAGGUUGUUUCGGUUGUGGCUGGCUGAGGGCUUUGUGAAGCCAUCAGAAGAAGGGAUUAUUUUGGAAGACAUAGUAGAGAGAUAUCUGGAAGAGCUUGUCAACAGGAACAUGGUGGAAAUCACAAAAAAUAGAUCCGAUGAGAGUCCCAAAAAAUGCCGAAUGACUGCAUCCCUACAUGACAUCUUCAGGCCCAGGGGUCUAGAAAUAGGCCUCUUCCACCUACACCAAAAGUCCGAAGAAAAUUCCUAUGUAGAAGCAGAUUCACAUCGAUUAGAAGUUCGUCGGGUUGUUGAAUGCACCAAUAUCAAGGACUACACCACUUCACAAGCUUUCAACCAGAAUCUACAGUCCUACAUAUCCUUAAACAACCGAAAGAAAGAUAUGUUUGCAGAUGAAGUAGGAAUAUUUUUGGAAACAAUCGUUGGAACCAGAGGAUUUGGAUUACUCAAGGUGCUCGAUUUGGAGGGUGUUGAUCGACCACGGCUACCGGAGAUUCUGGGGAAUCUAUUUUUAUUGAGAUAUUUAGGCUUGAGAUGUACUUUCUUGAACGCUCUUCCUUCCUCACUUGGUGCCCUGCUCCACCUUGAAACACUGGACAUCAAGCAUACACAAAUCAGAACUGUCCCAAGUUCUAUUUGGAACAUGAAGCAUCUUCGUCAUCUUUGUCUGAACGGAGCUCAUCUGGACAUACCUGUCAAAUCAAUGAAACAUACAGAUCCACUUCAGCUGCAAACUCUACAGGGUUUGUUUGUAGAUGAGAAGAUUGCAAGAAAGAUCGGUUCUACUUUGAAGAGGAUGACCAACCUUCGAAAACUUGAUCUGACAAGAGAGGCAUGUUCAACAACCACCACAACAAGAAGCCAUUCAUCCUCCUAUGAAGAAAUUAGUUCGUGGAUUUCAUCACCCUCUUGCCUUCAAUCUCUAAGGUUAAGAUCCAUAAACAGAAUGGGUCAGCCUUCAGAGCUGAUUAUUGAACCUUUCUCAAGUUUCGAGAAUCUCUCUCAACUGUACUUACUAGGAAAAUUACUCAAACCUCUUGAUUGGUACCAGAUCCCAUCUGGACUCAAAGUCCUUACUUUAUCUGUCUCACAGCUAGACGAAGAUCCCAUGCCAACACUAUCUAAGCUGAAAAACUUGAUUGACCUCAGGCUUCUAGCUUCUUCUUAUAAGGGAGAAGAAAUGUGUUUACCACAAAAUGGGUUCCCUGCCCUCAGAGUUCUUAAGCUCUGGAAGCUGGAAAAUCUAAAACGAUUGACUGUGAAAGAAGGAACAAUGCAGAAACUGCAUACCUUAGAAAUCAGGUGCUGUAAGAAUCUAAACAAGGAGGGUCCUGAAACCUUGCUGAAGAUAGAGGAGCUUUGCAACUUGAUCUUGACAGACAUGCCAAAGCCAUUUGUUACUGCAAUGAACAGGAAAAAAAAGAAGCACACUCUUAUUGAGGAAAAUCCGUAAAUGAAAAGGACUUUUCUCUCUUAGCCCAGCAAACAAACAAGAUGUGCUCAUAACUCAUAAGAACCACAGCCCUUGAGACUGUCCAAACUGGUUUGAAGUCAUAUCUGGCUUCCAAAAACAGCAAUGCCAGCAGGAGUACACUUACUAUUGGCAGAUAAAAAUCUCUUAUCCAAUGUAUUAGUACUCAGAUGUUGGUAUUCAUGAUCUCUACUAAGAUUCUAUCUCAUAUGCAUUUCUUUCUAUCCAAUAUUGUUAGAACAUAGACAAGACUUUGUUCUGUUUGUCUUAUUUGCCACUCCUUUCUAGUGAAUAUUUCUGCCUUCUGUCCA